AUGGACAGAUUAAAUCAAUUAGCAGGUCAGUUAUCUCCUUCUUCUAAACAAUCUCUUUUACAGAAAAACCCCGAUGAUGUAGUCAUUGUUGCUGCUUAUAGAACAGCAUUAACCAAAGGGGGCCGUGGUAAAUUGAAGGAUGUUGGUUCUGAUUAUGUUUUGACCAAAUUUUUGGAGCAAUUUUUAUCCAAGACCAACGUUGAUGCUUCAUUGAUUGAAGAUGUUGCUGUUGGUAAUGUUUUAAACCGUGCUGCUGGUGCCUCUGAACAUCGUGGUGCAUGUUUGGCUGCCGGUAUUCCAAAUUCUGCUGCUUUUAUUGCUCUUAAUAGACAAUGUUCUUCUGGGUUAAUGGCUAUCAGUGAAAUUGCCAAUAAAAUCAAAUGUGGGGAAAUUGAUUGUGGUUUGGCUGCUGGGGUUGAAUCAAUGAGUGCUAACUAUGGUCCUGAUGCUAUUCCAAAAGUUGAUAAUCAUUUAAAAGAAAAUGCUGAAAUGGCCAAAUGUUUAAUUCCAAUGGGGAUUACUAAUGAAAAUGUUGCCGCCAAGUACUCUAUUCCUAGAAAUGUUCAAGAUGAAUUUGCUGCUGAUUCUUAUGCUAAGGCUGCCAAAGCCAUUGAAUCCGGGGCUUUCAAAGAUGAAAUUUUGGCCAUUGAAUCCUUUUUGGCCGAAGAAGAUGACGAUGAUAAUGUUACCUAUGAAAAGAUUAUUGUUGACACUGAUGAAGGUCCAAGAAAGGGGGUUACUGCUCAAUCGUUGGCCAAAUUAAAACCUGCGUUCAAAUCGGAUGGGGUUACUCAUGCUGGUAAUGCAUCCCAAGUUUCCGAUGGUGCUGCUGCCGUUUUACUUAUGAAGAGAUCAUUGGCUGAAGAAAAAGGAUAUCCAAUUGAAGGUAAAUUUGUUCUUUGUUCUGCCGUUGGGGUUCCCCCAGAAAUCAUGGGGGUUGGUCCAGCAGUGGCCAUUCCAACUGUUUUGAAGAAGGCUGGAUUAAAAGUUGAUGAUGUUGAUGUUUUUGAAAUUAAUGAAGCUUUUGCCGCACAAUGUUUAUACUCUGCUGAAGCUUGUAAUGUACCAAAGGAUAAAUUGAAUAUAAAUGGUGGUGCCAUUGCUUUGGGACAUCCAUUGGGAUGUACUGGGGCAAGACAAUAUGCUACUAUUUUGAGAUUAUUAAAGAAGGGAGAAAUCGGAUUAACCUCCAUGUGUAUUGGUACUGGUAUGGGGGCUGCUUCUAUUUUAGUUAAAGAAUAA